CUUCGCCUGGAGCUCGGCCUGGAGCGGGCGCACAGCGUGGCCAUCCUGGGCUUCAACUCCCCGGAGUGGUUCUACUCGGCGGUGGGCACUGUGUUCGCGGGCGGCAUCGUCACGGGCAUCUACACCACCAGCUCCCCCGAGGCCUGCCGGCACAUCGCCCACGACUGCCGCGCCAACAUCCUGGUGGUCGACUCGCAGAGGCAGCUGGAGAAGAUCCUGAAGGUGGGGGCGCCCCGCCCGCCCCCCACGCUGACUGGGAAGGGGCUGCGGAGGCCACGGGGCCGCGCUGGCCAGGGGCGCCCUUCCCGGGUCCUCGGUAGACAGACGGCCGCCAGGGGCAGGCCUGCUGGGGCGGGGGGCCGGCCAGCCGACUGGGGGGGUGCCGGCUACCCGGCAGAUUCCGGGAUGGGCGCAGGGGCUGGGGGCGCCACCCCUUGGCCCCCCUGA